AUGUCCCUCCCCGCCGUCCCCGAAGCCUACAUCCCCCGAGACCCAAGCACCCUCUCCAUCCCGCAAGCGACUGGCGGAGAAGCGGAACCCUUGAUCUGCGAGCUGUCCAGCCCACAGAAACGGCAAUCCAAAUCCAAACCACAGCAGCAAGAGUUAUCACCGGCGCUUUCCGGGCCACGGCAUCUGCGGGGCUUAACAUCGCGGCACACUUACUCCCAGAGCAACGCUCUUGGAGAGAAAGAUGAUAGCGACAUCCUCUGGUUUCAUACUGGCACAGCCAUGGACAUGGUGGAAAGGGUGAGGAGAGGAGAAGAUAUCGGAAACGGACACCUAGGCAACGGGUGGCGGCCAUGGAGCUGGAGCCCUUUGGAGAAGAUCCAAGACUUCACAGAAAGGGAGAUCGGGAAAGACAGCCUCAGGAACCUCGAGCAAAUUUUGCCAUUCUCUGUCGCGCCGCACUGGGUCUCCCCAGACAUAAUAAUCGACGGGGACGCAGAGACCGCGAUAGAGACACACCGAAACAUACUGAACCGCGCACCACGCCCUAUAGCACUGUACACUGAUGGCAGUGGAAUCAACGGUAGAGUGGGAGCAGCCGCAAUAUGCCCGAAAUAUCUGAUAUCGCGCUCGUCGUAUAUGGGGCAACAAUCGGAGUCAACGGUAUACGUCGCGGAACUACAGGGGAUCCUGCUAGCCCUGGUGAUUAUUCUCCAGCGCCAAAUGCAACACGCAGUCAUCUUCACAGAUAACCAGGCUACGCUCCAAGCACUACGAAACCCGGGCAGUCAGUCAGGACAGUAUAUCCUGGAAGCCAUUAUAAUGGCGCUAAACAAAGGGCGGAAGGCGGGAUUAAAUGUUCACUUUCGUUGGAUUCCCGCACACAGAGGUGUCGAGGGAAACGAACAGGCAGACCGGAGAGCAAAGGAGGCAACAGGAUGGCGACGGAUCCGGGGCCACCGAGGCAGAAUGACCAUUAGGUCGGCCGUGAAGAGAAGGGCCCAUGAAGUUGUGAAUGCCCGAUGGGAAAAUGAUUGGAAAUCAUGCCAUCAUGGCCGGGAGCUAUACGAAUUAACGCCAACACCAACAAGGAAGGUCCUCAGGGUGCAUCAGGACCUACACAGAGCGCUGAGCACGAUAAUUGUCCAAAUGCGCACCGGCAAGAUUGGACUCCGCCACUAUCUCUAUCAGAGAGGAGUACCGGAUGUACCAAACAGCGAUUGCCAAUGCGGAAGAGCGACACAAUCGGUCCGCCACAUCCUUCUCGCAUGCCCUACCUUCAGCGGCCUACGGGAGGAAAUCUUCGGUGGACGAAGUGGGGGACCAGAAGGGGAGGGAAGCGUUAAGAAAAUCUUCAACACGCCUAAGCUUGCGAUCCAAGCAGCCAAAUUCAUGCUACGCACAGGGCUCCUUGGGCAAUUUGGAGCUGUACGCAGGGCGGAAAUAGACGAGGCAGAGCACUGAAGUCAUUGGGUACGUAGAAGACAAUAGAGGGUUUGGGGAACCCUGGACAGCUGUCCAAGCGGAGCCAAACCCUCAGGAUGUUGACAAUUAUGGGUGGAUAUAGUAUUAGCAACCGCCCCGACCAUCCUAGUGGGGGGUGUUUUCCCGCAUAGCCAUAGAUAUCAUUGGCUGGGACGGUGUAUGAAUUAAUCCGAAAUCCGAAAUCCG